AUGGCGCAGAGCACAGUGGUGAAGAUCCCGCUGUCGGGCAAGGAGAUCACGGUCCCGACAGGUCUCUUCAUCAACAACGAAUUUGUACCUUCAGUCGAUUCAAAUGAAUUCAUCAAACCAGUCAAUCCUGCUACGGAAGAAGCUAUUUGCUCGGUCGUUGCAGGCUCCGUCAAGGAUAUUGAUGUGGCGGUAGCUGCUGCUCGCGAAGCGUUCAGGACAACCUGGGGAAAGAAUGUGACAGGCUUUGAGCGCUCGAGACUGAUCAACAAGCUGGCUGAUUUGAUCGAGAGAGAUGCACAAGAACUAGCCGAGCUUGAAACACUCAAUAAUGGCAAACCUGUCAAAAUUGCCAGGGACUUUGACAUUGGCGACACUAUCCAGUGCCUUCGCUAUUAUGCUGGAUGGGCUGAUAAAAUAGUUGGUCAGACGAUCGAGGUCGAUAACAAGACAAAAAUUGCGUUCACUCGACACGAGCCUAUUGGAGUUUGUGGGCAAAUGUAUUUCUUAAGUCUUGUCGGUGGCAAUCCUUGUUUGAGAUAUUUAAAUUUCUCUAGCAUUCCGUGGAAUUAUCCGAUCAACAUGUGGUCAUGGAAAGUUGCACCCGCCCUUGCCUGUGGUUGUACAAUAGUAAUGAAGCCGUCAGAGGUGACACCGCUGACUGCCCUUAAACUUUGUGAACUUGUGAAGGAAGCAGGCUUUCCUCCGGGAGUCAUCAACACCGUUCCCUCUCUCGGGUCCAUCGGCGGUGCUGCCCUCGCCGCGCAUCCCGACGUCGAUAAAGUGGCCUUCACAGGUUCCACGGUCACUGGUAGGAAAAUAAUGGAAGCGGCUAAAGGCAACAUCAAGAAGGUCUCUCUGGAACUCGGCGGAAAAUCACCUCAUAUUAUUUUCGAAUCGGCGGAUUUGGACCAAGCUGCAAACUGGGUGGCGUUGGGCAUUGGUUAUAACACCGGUCAAGAUUGCACUGCGGGAUCUCGGCUUUAUGUCCAAGAAACUAUCUAUGACAAGUUUGUCGCGUUGCUGGUUGGGAAGAUGAAGGAACUGGUAGUUGGAAACGGGUUCGACGACGCAAGUGGCGCCGGUCCCGUGGUUUCAAAGACCCAAUACGAUCGCGUUUGGAGUUACAUUGAAGCUGGGAAACAAGCUGGGGCGAAGGUUGCCGUUGGGGGUGAGAAGCGGCAGGGAAAAGGAUACUUCGUUGAUCCCACAAUCUUCACCGAUAUCACCUCCGACAUGAAAAUUGUACAAGAGGAGGUAAUUACCGUUCACCUUCAGAACAUGCGUCGUUCACCCUUGAUGCCGAUCUUCCACAUGUUUUGCGUCGUGGUGAUGUUCGGGACUGACAAACUAUUUAGAUAUUUGGUCCCGUACUUACGGUUGGUCGAUUCAAGACAGAAGAAGAAGCAAUCUCUCUCGCCAAUGACACAACAUAUGGCUUGGGUGCAGGGCUCCACUCCAAUGAUGCGAGUCAGUGCAUCAGGGUGUCGUCCGCGCUCGAGGCUGGAACGGUCGGGAGCUGGGGAGUUAUGCAUUGGAGGAAUAUACGUCGGUAAAGGCGAUCCACUGGAAUUUCGGCGAGAAGCUGGCGUGGCCUUUGUGAACUUCGUCUUCUCCAAGUCUAGAAGGCUGUAUAUCCUGAAUUAA